AUGGGGAGUCUUAGAGAUAGCAGCCGUCAAAAUACUUAAUCUGAUGAGGAUGGUGUUGGGCAUGUAAACAAUCAAGUCAUUAUUAGAUAAGAAGAGGAUAUGGUUGAUUUAAAUCAUAUUAAUCUUCGUGAAAGGACCAAUAAUAGAAUCAUAUUUAGAAAAGUGCCUUAUCACAUUUGGUUUGUGGGAGCUUUGAUAUUUAUAGCAUCCAUUUAUCUAGUUUAUACUUUGGCUCUUGGCUACUUUGGAGUUUUAAACAGAGGUCCCAAAUAAGGUUUUUGGUGGUAAUACCUAGUGGUUGUUUUGAUGUUUCUACUAUCCUUCACUUUCCUAUUUGCAGGAAAGAUUGAAUCAAUUAUAUUUGACAGACAAAAGCAAGAGUUGCAGCUGUGGAAAACUAGUUUAUUCUGUUUGAGGAAUGUCAAAAAGUACUCAAUGCAUGAUAUAGUAGAUGUAAAAGGCUAUAAAAAGGGGCAUAGUGGAAUAAAUGUCUAUACUUUACAUUACAAAAUCAUGAUUGAGUUUCGAAAUAUUCCAGCUAUAAAACUAACUGAGACUGGAAUCGAGAAUAAAUGCAUCAAAUAAGUAAAUAUAGAUUUUAAUGUUAAAUAUAUCUUAGAUGUGCCUGAUCAGAAACUUCCUUGGACUAUAUUGCACUGA